CCGAGCGCGGUUUCCAGCAGGCGGCCGGACGUCGGCGCGGCCCGCGGCCGGUUUGCUGCCACGCCUGGGUCGCGGCGGGCGCGGAGCCGCAGCCAUGCUGUUCUGGCACACGCAGCCCGAGCACUACAACCAGCACAGCUCCGGCAGCUACCUGCGCGAUGUGCUCGCCCUGCCCAUCUUCAAGCAAGAGGAGCCGCAGCUGUCCCCCGAGAGUGAGACCCGCCUGCCGCCCCUGCAGUAUGUGCUGUGUGCUGCCACGUCCCCGGCCGUGAAGCUGCACGAAGAGACCCUGACCUAUCUCAACCAAGGUCAGUCUUAUGAAAUCAGGCUGCUGGAGAAUCGGAAGCUGGGAGACUUUCAAGAUCUGAACACGAAAUAUGUCAAGAGCAUUAUCCGAGUGGUUUUCCACGACCGCCGGCUGCAGUACACGGAGCACCAGCAGCUGGAAGGAUGGCGGUGGAGCAGGCCCGGGGACCGGAUCCUGGACAUCGAUAUUCCACUGUCUGUUGGUAUCUUGGACCCCAGGGCCAGCCCGACCCAGCUGAACGCUGUCGAGUUUCUGUGGGAGCCUUCGAAGAGAGCCUCUGCAUUCAUUCAGGUACACUGUAUCAGCACAGAAUUCACCCCGAGGAAGCACGGGGGUGAGAAGGGGGUGCCUUUCCGAGUACAGAUUGACACAUUUAAGCAGAACGACAAUGGGGAAUACACAGAGCACUUGCACUCCGCCAGCUGCCAGAUCAAGGUGUUCAAGCCAAAGGGAGCUGACCGGAAACAGAAGACCGACCGGGAAAAGAUGGAGAAGAGAACUGCCCAAGAGAAGGAGAAGUAUCAGCCGUCCUACGAGACCACCAUUCUCACAGAGUGCUCCCCGUGGCCCGACAUGGCCUAUCAGGUGAACAGCGCCCCGUCUCCCAGCUACAAUGGCUCUCCAAACAGCUUUGGCCUCGGCGAAGGGAACAGCUCUCCGACCCACCCAGUGGAGACCCUGCCCUUGGGCAAUGACCACCUGCUUCCAUCGGCCUCGAUCCAGGAUGCCCAGCAGUGGCUGCACCGAAACAGAUUCUCACAGUUUUGCCGGCUCUUUGCCAGCUUCUCGGGUGCUGACUUGCUUAAGAUGUCUCGAGACGAUUUGGUCCAGAUCUGUGGCCCUGCCGAUGGGAUCCGGCUCUUUAAUGCCAUCAAAGGCCGGAACGUGAGGCCGAAGAUGACCAUUUACGUCUGUCAGGAGCUGGAGCAGAACCGAGCGCCCCUGCAGCAGAAGCGGGAUGGUGGUGGGGACAGCAGUCUGUGUGUGUACCACGCCAUCUUCCUGGAGGAGCUGACCACCUUGGAGCUGGUUGAGAAGAUUGCCAACCUGUACAGCAUCUCCCCCCAGCACAUCCACCGAGUCUAUCGGCAGGGCCCCACCGGCAUCCACGUGGUGGUCAGCAACGAGGUGAGCGCUGCCCAGCCCCGACUUGCGGCCCGGGUCUUGGGGCUACGGGGAGGCACCCCCUGGGGCUUGGGGAUGACUUCCAUCCAGAGAUGGCUGCUAAGUCUCAUCCGCGUGCCACAUGCCCUUGACUGUACCCGGAGCGCAGGGGGAGAGAGUUCUGUGGCUCUAAAUAGUUCUCUAAUGGUGCAGAAUUUCCAGGAUGAGUCUUGUUUUAUCCUCAGUACCUUGAAAGCUGAGAGCAAUGAUGGCUACCACGUCAUCCUGAAAUGUGGCCUCUGA